GAUAGGCUUAUACAUAUGUUUAUAUAGUCCUGUUUGAUACAAGAUAUACAUAGAUUAUUGUCAUCAUUACAUGUAAAACAGUUCAAUUAGCAAGAUCACUGCCACACCAAAGAUAUUGCCUUGCUUAUUUCCAAAAAUGGUAGAUAAGGUACAGUUUGAUGGUGAAUUUGUGGUGACAGAAGAUAUUAAGAAGAGAUUUGAUGAAGAUGGUUUCAUAGUUGUGAAAGACUUGUUUGACAAAGAAGAAAUAGCACAGCUGUGGAAACUGUUUGAAGGGCCUGAUGGAAUACUCAAACAUUCUUAUGAGACAACAGAACCAGAUGGGAAGAAGAUUCUUCGUGUAAUGUAUAAAAACGCCGGGACUGAUGUGAGUGGUGUAAUGUCCAGGUCUGAGAAAAUAGUUAACACAUGUGAACAGUUAAUGGAGGGGGAAGUUUACCACUACCAUGGUAAAUUUAUCUUGAAGAAUCCAAGAGAAGCUGGCAGCCAUGUUUGGCACCAAGACUAUGGAUAUUGGUACAGGCAUAAUUUAUUCCCUGACAUGAUAACUGUUUGGAUACCAAUGGAUAAGGCAACAAGACAAAAUAGCUGUCUACAGGUGCUGAAGGGUUCCCACAAGUGUGGUAGAAUAGAUCACCUCCCUGGAAAAGGCACUUUACAAACAGAGGCAGAUCUGGAACGCAUAGAAGCUUUGAAAAAAGUCUGCCCUCAUCUGUAUUGUGAGAUGGAACCAGGGGAUGUUUUGUUUCAACACUGUAAUUUGUUACACACCAGCAACCCUAAUGAAAGUGACAUGAGGAGAUGGGCAUUUGUUGCAUGUUAUAACAAAGCUAGCAAUGACUCUUUUAUAAAACAUCAUCAUGCAAGCUAUACAAAACUAGACAAGAUGCCGAAUUCUGCCAUCAAGGACUGCAAGAACUAUACAGAUUUCAGCGGGAAAGAGUUUACCAACCCAAUUACCAAUAUUGAUGAUAGGAAACACUUCCCUCCAACAAACGUGAAGGGAUAAAAA